AUGCACGGCUACGACAACGAGGAAAGCGACAUGCAUCCCUUCAUGCUGGCGAUGGGUCCCGACAUUCCACAUUUGACAGAACGACAACACUUCUACCAGAUUGACCUCUACCCAUACAUCUGUGCCAUGUUGGGACUGGACAAGCCGAACAAAAUCGACGGACUGAUUGACCGUGUGUUGCCGUAUUUGAAGGAAAGACCGAGUGAGCAAUACCUCGAACGAUUCCGUCUCUACGCAUCCGGCACACUAACACAUUAA